AUGGGGCGUAUGGACGUGUCGAAAAUGCGGUAUCUUGAAGGAGAACACUUCAGGAUAUUGCUAGCGGUUGAAAUGGGCAUGAAGAAUCACGAGUUGGUUCCGCUUCCUCUCAUCUCUUCUGUCGCAAAGAUUCAUCGAGGUGGCGUCACGAAAAGUCUCGCUGACUUGAUGAAAAUCGGGCUCGUUGCUUAUGAACGUGGACGGAAAUAUGAUGGAUAUCGUUUGACGAAACUUGGCUAUGAUUAUCUUGCUUUGAAAGCUUUGUGCUCGCGGGAAGUCGUCGGUUCCGUAGGAAAUCAAAUUGGAGUGGGAAAAGAAUCUGAUGUUUACGUCGGAGGCGACCCAGAACUAAAUGAUUUGUGCCUGAAAUUUCACCGCCUCGGCCGAACGUCUUUUCGAAAAAUCAAAGAGAAACGUGAUUACCAUAAGAAGAGGAAAUCUGCCAGCUGGCUAUAUUUGAGUCGACUUGCGGCUUCAAAGGAGUUUGCGUUUUUGAAGGCUCUAGCUGAGGCAGGCUUUCCAGUACCAAGACCGGUUGAUGUUUGCCGACAUCUUGUUGUGAUGGGACUUAUCCCGGUGCUUUGUACGACAGGU